CCAGCCCCUACCGGCCGAGCUCAGUGUUCGUGCCCCGGGUUGUCAGUGUCCUUUUACCCGGCAAGAUGGUGCAGAUAGUUCACGUGAAGAGCCAGCCCUACCCGGACCAGAAGCCGGGCACCAGCGGGCUGCGGAAGCGGGUCACCGUGUUCCAGGAGCGGCCGCACUACACCGAGAACUUCGUUCAGAGCAUCAUCUCCUGCACCGAGCCCGGGGAGCGGCAGGACGGGACGCUGGUGGUCGGCGGGGACGGCCGCUACUACAUGAAGGAGGCCAUCCAGAUCAUCAUCCGGAUAGCGGCCGCAAACGGGAUCGGGCGCUUGGUUAUUGGGAAGGACGGAAUUCUGUCCACGCCGGCCGUGUCCUGCAUCAUCAGAAAGAUAAAAGCCAUCGGCGGGAUAAUCCUAACGGCCAGUCACAACCCCGGCGGCCCUAAUGGGGACUUCGGAAUUAAGUUCAAUACAUCAAACGGAGGCCCGGCUCCCGAGGCCAUCACUGACAAGAUCUUCCAGAUCAGCAAAACCAUCGAAGAAUACGCUAUCUGCCCUGAUCUUAACGUGGAUUUGGGAACGAUUGGAAAACAACAGUUUGAUUUGGAGAACAAAUUCAAGCCAUUUACAGUGGAGAUCGUGGAUUCCGUGGAAGCCUACGCAAACAUGCUGAGAAAUAUCUUUGAUUUCAGUGCCUUAAAAGAGCUGCUUUCUGGGCAAAAUCGGCUGAAAAUCCGAAUUGAUGCGAUGCACGGAGUCGUCGGUCCGUACGUGAAGAAAAUUCUGUGCGAGGAGCUUGGCGCGCCCGCCAAUUCCGCCGUGAACUGCAUCCCGCUGGAAGACUUCGGAGGUCAUCAUCCGGACCCUAACUUAACGUACGCGUCCGAGCUGGUGGAAACCAUGAAAACCGGAGAGCAUGACUUUGGAGCCGCUUUCGACGGGGAUGGGGAUCGUAACAUGAUACUCGGCAAGAACGCUUUCUUCGUUAACCCAUCGGACUCCGUGGCUGUCAUCGCAGCCAAUAUUUUCAGUAUUCCCUACUUCCAGCAAACCGGCGUUCGCGGCUUCGCGAGGAGCAUGCCGACGAGCGGGGCUCUGGACAGAGUGGCAAAAGCUACAAAGAUCGCUUUAUACGAAACCCCGACCGGGUGGAAAUUCUUCGGAAAUUUAAUGGACGCGGGAAAGCUGUCCCUCUGCGGAGAGGAGAGUUUUGGAACCGGUUCCGAUCACAUCCGAGAGAAAGACGGACUUUGGGCUGUCCUCGCCUGGCUGUCCAUCGUUGCCGUGCGCAAGCAAAGCGUGGAGGACAUCUUAAAAGACCACUGGCAAAAAUACGGCCGCAAUUUCUUCACCAGGUACGACUACGAGGAGGUCGAUGCAGACGGAGCCAAUAAGAUGAUGAAGGACCUGGAAGCCUUGAUGUUUGACCGCUCCUUCGUCGGACAGAAGCUCUCCGUCGGAGAUAAAGUUUACACGGUGGAGAAAGCCGACAACUUCGAAUAUAGCGACCCCGUUGACGGAAGUAUCUCCAGGAACCAGGGAUUAAGACUUAUCUUCACCGAUGGAUCCCGGAUCAUCUUCAGACUGAGCGGUACAGGAAGUGCCGGCGCGACCGUCCGGCUCUACAUAGACAGCUACGAGAAGGACGCCCCCAAAAUAUACGAAGACCCCCAGGUCAUGUUGGCCCCGCUUAUCACCAUCGCACUUAAGAUUUCAAAGCUUCAGGAACGGACGGGGCGCACGUCUCCGACCGUCAUCACGUAAACCGCGAGCCGGAACUCGGUGUCAUCGCGCAACCCCCCCCCCCUGUGUAAUCCCCGCCGACCGUCUCUCAUCAUGCCCGCCAUUAAUACAAAUCAAUGAAAAUACAAAUGAUUGGAAAGUAGUUUGCGGCUGCGUCUCUAUUUUUCUAACUCUCUCCGUUACCGUCUCUUUACCCGUACCGAUCGGUUAUCUUUAUAAUGCAUACACCGUACGUAACGUAGCUGUAGAUAGGAUGUCAACCAGUGUAUGAAGGGGUUAAUAUCCAUAGGUCAAAGUGCUAGCGGGGGGGGGACUUUCGGGACUGUGUAGCAGAUUCCUUAAAUAAAUCGCUGACUGGAAGUAGAAACGCGUCGGGAGCCGCCUCGGUAGCAAAAUUACAAAAAAUGAAUAAAAGGCGUCUGACGGCGAUUAAAAUAACGAAA